AUGGGCCUCCUCCAGACGCACCUGUGGAGGAUACGCGCCGCGGGCGGCGAGCUCGCGGAGAUCGCGCAGUCGGUGGAGAGCACGAGGGAGGUUUGGGAGCUCUACCUCGACGGCGUUCGAAACCGGACGGUGCGUCUGAACCUCCAGGCGACGAUCGCGACGCUCGCGAUGACCGUGAUCGCCGUCCCCGCGUCGCUCGCCGGGAUGAACCUCACGCACGGGUUCGAAGAGGCGAGCCCGGCGAUAUUCUGGGGGCUCACCGGCGGUCUCGCGUGCGUCUCUUCCACGACGUGGCUCGCGUUCAUGCGGACGUAUUGGUCCCCGGGCGGCGCCGCGGCGAAGCGCGCUGACGACUUGCGCGCGCUCAGGUUCGUCCUGAAUCGCAUGGACGAUCUGGACGACGUCAUGCGCGCGAAAGGCACGGGCGCGGGCGACGGCGAGGGGGAUGAAGGGGACGGGUACGGCGGCGACGUGCGGUCGAAGGACGAUCUGCUGAGGGCCAUCUCGAGUUGCGCGGGCGGGGCCAAACGCGACGGAUUGAUAUCGCAAGCGAAAACGCUCGACCCGGCGGCGAUGGACUUGAUAUUCAAGGUGUUCGACCGCGACGGCGACGGGAGGAUCGACCCGUCGAAGGAGUGGGUGAUUCGCCCGUGGCCGAUCAAGCGUGCGGACGAUCACUAG